AAGAAAAAGUGUAAAAUAUUCGUAAAUAUACCAUUUUUCUUGUCAGUAUAUAAAUAUUACUAAUAUUUAUAAUAUAAGGAAAUAAUGUCAUAUUUACAAAGGUUUAAAGCUUGUCUAGUUUUAAGUGGAGUCGGUGAUGCAAUGGGAUACUAUAAUGGGAAGUUCGAGUUUGAAAAAUCAGGAAGUAGGAUACAUUCUAAAGUGAAUAAGUUAGGCGGAUUAGAGAAUUUACAAAUCAAAUUACCAAGUUGGAUGGUAAGCGAUGAUACCGUUAUGCAUAUAGCAACUGCAAAAGCUCUUAUCGGGAAUAAAGAUAUAACACCUUCUGAAAAGCUUUACUUAAAACUUGUUGAAGAAUAUGCAAACUGUAUGUCAGAUAUGAAUGGCAGAGCUCCUGGAAAUACUUGCAUGAGUGCAUUGGUUUAUUUGCAAUCUCAUAAAGGUUCUGGUUAUAAAAUUCCAUUUAAUCAGAGAGGAGCUGGAUGUGGCGCCGCUAUGAGAUCAAUGUGCCUAGGAUUAGUUUACCAGAAGCCAGAACAACUAGAUGAUCUAAUUAAAGUUUCAAUAGAAGCUGGUCGAAUAACUCAUAAUCAUCCCAUAGGAUACCUAGGAUCUUUGGUAUCAGCUUUAUUUACUGCUUAUGCCAUUAAUGGUAAAGUAUAUUCAAUUGAAAUGAUAAGAUAUAAAACAGAAAUUUUAGAUGUUCCAAUAAAAUCAUGGGGUCAUAAUUUGUUGAAAGUCUUACCUAUGGCACUUGAAUAUGUUAAAAGUGAAGGAAGAGAUGUCGAAGAAAAUACUCAAAAAUGGCAUUCUUUCGAAGAUUCCUGGAGAAGUUAUUUGAAAACUCGUCAAAUAUUGGAUGGUGAAAAUGAACCUGUAUUUCCAAACAAUUAUGAUGUCGAUGAAAGGGAUGAGUUUUAUACCUCCCUAAGUAUUUCUGGUUGGGCCGGUAGCUGUGGUCAUGAUGCACCUAUGAUUGCAUACGAUGCCCUACUAAAAUCAAAAGAUAACUGGCUUGAACUCUGCUUAUCUGGAGUUUUACACGGCGGGGAUAACGAUAGCACGGGAGCUAUAGCGGGUGCCUGGUACGGGGCUCUCUACGCCUACAAAGACGUGCCCAAAAACCAUUACAAGAAUUUAGAAUAUCGCGACGUAUUGAAAAGCUUGGCCACAAGUCUUUAUAAAUUACAAAACUAG